CGGGGCAUAAGCGCCUCCCCGUCGCGGCCGAGCCCCCUGCCACCCCCCGGCUGAGUUGUCCCAGCGAGGAGCGCCUCGUCCGUCGGGCGUCGCGAUGCAGGGCCAGGCAGCGGGCAGCCGGGCGCUGUGCUGCGCGCUGGCUGCCGUCGGGUUGCUGUCGGCGCUCAGCGCCGCGGGCACCGUCUUCUUGCUGGGACAGUGGCGGGAGCUGAGCGCCGCGCUGCAGGCGAUCCAGGACGAGGUGGCGCAGCUGCGACAGCCCCAGGUUCCUCCGAGCGCGUUGCGGCACCUCCGCGACAGCGGCGCCCCGUCGGACGGCGGCCUCGCCCAAGCGCCGGGCGGCCGCGACAAGAGGAGCCAACGGAGGCGCGCCCUCGCCAAGAGCCACAUCCGCGCAGAGGACGAGGAUAUGCUCAUGAUGAUGACCUACUCCAUGGUGCCGGUCCGGGUGAUGAUCGAGAUCUGCAACAGCACAAAGGGAGUGUGCUUGACAGGACCACCAGGAUUACCAGGUCCUCCCGGGCUUGAUGGACUGCCUGGUUUUAAUGGAUCAGAUGGCGAUCCUGGCAUCCCUGGACAGAAGGGAGAAAUUGGAAAAAGAGGGAAACCAGGAUUGAAAGGAGAACCUGGAGAGAGAGGCGAAAAAGGGGAUCCUGGCGAAAUUGGCUUGCCUGGGAAAGAGGGAGAGCGAGGAGAAAAGGGAUCCAGGGGUCCCAAGGGGGACAAAGGUGAUGCGAACAAUGAACUCAUGGCAGAAGGUGCAAAAGGUGAGCCAGGGCCUCCAGGGCCCUCUGGUCCCCCAGGGCCUCCAGGACCUCCAGGGCCACCUGGGAAGCGCAAAGCUAAGGCCCAGGUUCAGGAGAAAAUGUUCAGUUCAGAGUGUACAGGGGAGACCUGUGCUAUCCCAAAUGACGAUACCCUGGUAGAGAAAGGAAAAGAGAAAGGACACCUGCGUCAGCACAGAAAACCAGAAUGCAUAAUUAAAUCAAUCGGGAACCCAGCUGAGAUUAUACAAUUAAGACAGAGCUACGGAGCGUGGAUGAUGGAUCUCGCCAACAGAAGUGAUGAAAAAAUUUGGAUCGCUGAACAUUUCACAGGCCACAUGAUUAAAGAAUAUGAGGACAUCUCUGCACUGUGGAACAACAGCUACAGCACCAUCGAGCUGCCUUGGCAAUAUUAUGGCUGUGGACAUGCCAUCUAUAACAACACCUUGUACUAUCAGCGUGUCGGGCGCAACAUUAUUGUGAAGUACGACUUUGAGACACGGUCCUCGCAGACGCUCUCCGUCAAAAACGCCUGGUACUUUGAGCGCAAGUACCUCUUCGGCGCUUCCAAAUCCUACUUCAGCGUCGCCGUGGACGAGAAGGGGCUUUGGGUGCUCUACCUCUCGAGGCCGGACGAGCACAUCAUGGCUGCGCAUAUAGACGAGGACACCUUCUCGGUGCUGCGGUACAUCAACACCACGUACCCGCAGUCCAAAGCCGGCAAUGCGUUUGUCGCCUGCGGGGUGCUGUACAUCACCGACAAGAACCACACACAUGUUGCCUUUGCUUAUGAUCUCUUGAGGGAAAGGCAGUUGGACACCAGCUUUGAGUUGAAACUGUCGCUAUCCGACGCAGGCUUUGCUUACAAAGUGUCCCCAACUAAGCAGGACGAUUCGUCGUUUGUGCCCGUCCUGGCCAUGCUUUCCUAUAAUCAAGGGGACAAGCGUCUCUACACAUGGGAGCAUGGCUUCCUGAUGCAAUACCCUGUCCAUUUUGUCGGCUGAAUGCACUUGGUACCGGUCCAUGAUGGCCAGCUUUGCCUGUCGUCCGUAUUGGAGAUCCGGCUCUCCAAAACUUUCGGAGAAAACAAUUGCACAUCUCCCAUUUGAGGAGAGUCGCAAAGCAAUGUGCGUACAGACAGGGCGGCUUCUUCUCGCCCUGCUUUGUGUCCCCAGCGUAGAUGUUUAGAUUACGUAGGCUUCUAUGGCUUUGCAGAAUAAAGGCCACUCAGUGUCCUAGCGACUGGUGCAUGCCGGCAGAAGCCCAAUGAGGCUUUUGUUUUGCAGAGAGGCUGCGAAAGGAAGGCCCUUUCGAAUGCCAUGUGCUUCGAGCACCAACGGAGGCAUGUGGCAUCUCUCAUCAAAGCACCCAUGAAUGCAUCUAAAAGCCUGCAGCUCCCAUGCGGUGCUCCUUCUCACGACCUGGGUCACAAUGGUACCAUACAUUUAAGGCAUGCUUGGACCACUUUCGCGUUGGAACGGUAGUUUUUGUUAAGGGUCCUGUGGAUCGGAGGUCUUGGGUUGUCUUCUAGCAACCCCUGAAACCCUUUAACCAACUGCAGUUGCCGGAUUCAUUUUGGGGGAAGCCAGAGCUGCAAAAGUGGUGCAAGCGUCCUUUUAAAUGUAUGGCUGGGGUCCACACCAGCCAUUUUAAAACUUGUGAGGGCUGUGCCUGGUGUUCUCUGCCCACUAGCACAAGGCUUUUUGCACUAGCAGGUGGGAGAUUUUAGUGUUGUGGAACGGUGGCAUCCAAGGCAACAGAAACUUGUUGCACCGCAGCGACCCACCUGCCCGUGCAUUAUCUCAGGCAAUGAUGUCCUCCUGCUGCGAAGCAUCUUGCCAGCAGAAGAAGUAUACCACUAAGUGUCAAACGUCGGGAUGCCACCUUCAGUUGAUUGGUCUGUUGGUUGCGUGUGGCUGCUUAGGUGGUCAUGCGUAUUGCUCUAAA